AUGACUGUACUCCUCUUCAUCGCCACCGAAUUCUCAACCAGUCAUCCUCCCUACCCAAUCGCCCUAUUACUUGCAACAAACUCUUUAUCCUCAAGACCCUACCUCCGCUUACGUCUUCUCUUCCCACUCCUCCUCCUAUUACACUUCUCCGCUCUCUCCCCCGCCCUCACUGCUUUCCAGAGUCACUCUGCCCUACCCUCCCAAUCCCCGAAACCACAUCCACAAUGGCCCCUCUCCCCGCCUUCGUCCCUGGUGGUCUGGCCCUGGCCGCGCGCACCACUAGCGCGACGCUUCAGUCGCGCUCCACCUCGCGCCCCAAUCUCCGCAUCGUCCCCCGCGCAGUACGCCCCGCCCGCCUCUCCGUCUCCAUGCAGGCCACCUCAGCCGACAGCGAGAUGUAUAGGCUGCUCAACCUCCCGGUCCCCUCCUCAGUCGUCCUCGCCGAGUACGUCUGGCUCGACGGUUUCUACAAGCUCCGCUCCAAGUCUCGCACCGUCGACCCAAAUAUCACAGACCCUGCCAACCUCCCGUCCUGGAACUACGAUGGCUCCUCCACCAACCAGGCCCCCGGUGAGGACUCGGAGGUCAUCCUCAAGCCCCGCGUCAUCUACAAGGACCCCUUCCGUGGCGGCGACCACAUCCUCGUUUUGUGCGAUACAUACACUCCAGAUGGCGUGCCCUUGCCCACCAACACCCGCGCCUCUUGCGAUAAGGUCAUGGACAACGCGAAGAGCCUCGCCCCUUGGUUCGGCCUGGAACAGGAGUACUUUCUCAUCAACCCCGAGACGGGCAGGCCGCUCGGCUUUCCAGUCGAUAGCGAGCCUGCUCCCCAAGGGCCCUACUAUUGCGGUAUUGGCGCUGAGAACGCCUUUGGCCGUGAGAUCGCUGACGCCGCCUGGCGCGCACAAUUGUACGCGGGCUUGA